CUCACACACACACACACACACACGGACUGCACGCAGCAUUGUGAGAAUUACAUUGUUGCAUAUUAUCCAAGGGCUUAGAGACGAUAAAUAACAGACAGCAGGACAAAGCACUAGUGCACAUCUGCAUCAGCAUAGUGUGAGGACGCUGGGAACGACCACCGACGAGGAAUUGAUCUGAAUAAUCAUAUGGAGGCUGAAUGCUGCUCAUUUAGUGCAACAUCUACAACAGUCUGCAGAAAUUUACAUUCCAGAGAGGGGGUGAAGUGGCUGCCUUUACAUCCAGAAACUGCCCCAACAUCAUGACGGAGGGCUGUGCAUCCUAAGAGGCUUUGCAAGUCUGGAAUGUCGCCCUAAAUCAAGAAGAGCAGCCGUAGACACCAACAUCUGGAUUUCACUGUGAUCCUGAUGCACGUCACCCUCUCUGACUGACGGGUUUUCUUUGGCAGCAAACUGGCAGAGAGAAAGAGAGCUUGCACAGGUGCGGUAGCAGCAGCAGCAACAUCCCAGAGAUUAUAGAUUUGGAGAUUACAGGACAACAGCAGGUCAGGGCACAUUGCCUUGUUGAAAUCCGAGUUCUCCACCUCACCAAUUCUGUUAAGAGCUGUCAUCGUAAAAUUGGCAGGCAAGACCUGCGACCCAACACACAUUCACACGCACACAACUCUUAUUUGCUGCUAUACAGAUGUCGUGUUGGAAGAAAAUCUUUUUUUUUCAAUUUGCUUUUUGUAGUGGAGUCGUUAGAUUCCUUUAAUCACCUUUGUUGACAUCUUUUCCCCCGGUUUUCAUUUCAUUGAUUUUUAUUAUCCACUGACUUGGAGAGGCUCUCAAUUGAGCAAAAAGCAUCCUUAAAUUAUUAUCUAGAUUGGAAUGUUCAGAUCCCAGUGCUAUUUUCCAGACUGUUGGAAGUUUGUCACAGUUGAAUCUGCAAACAGCUUUCAUUGAAGAAACAUUAAAGGCAGAUAGACAAGUGCUUGUCUCUGCACUAAAAGUAAAUCACAGGAUACUCGGCUACAGCAGAGCGAUGGAAAUGAAAACAGUUUGGAGAGCAUUGUAGAAUGUGAAGCUUUUCAAGAUGUCUGCAAAAGAGCUUCAUUACAAAUCUGUCAGAAAACUCCACCCGUUCCCUCCUCUGGCUGUGAAGUUCGGCAUAUCGGCUCGCUAGACUGAGCGUACGGACAAACCAGAUUACAGUGACAAACUUGGGCUCCUAGAGGACUGUAAUGGAACAGACACGGAUGACAGCCUAGCUUGUCUGGCACUGAGAUGUCAAAACCACAGAGGGGGCUUUUCCUCCAACUGUCACUGCAGGGAGAAUAGAGGCGAUCACACACAGACGCCUACAAGAAGAGGCGAAAGACUGGUGCGUGUUUGAACCGUUGCUGUACAGACAGUUCAAAAGCGUGAAAGAGGGAGCUGGAGGAGAUCCCAUAGUGUAGGGGGAAGAAAGCGAAAAUAAAUAGCUGUAAAAAGCUCCACGGCAGCGGUGACACAUUGAAAGAGAAGACUGACAGACGGGAGAGCGGCGGUGGCAGUUCACAGGCAUACCGUUUUGGGAGAUUCACACAAUUUUGGGUUUAAAGCCUGUGUCGCUCAGUACGCCAAGUAGUACUGAGUUCAGGUUGGGCACAGUGGCAGGGGCCGGUUCAUGGCAGUGGGGCGGGCGCAUGCCGUCUGUGCCUCCGCAGCGAGAGGGACGCUUAGGAUGGGGUUGGGCUGCAUGGGCACGGGCUCAAAGGAUGGCUGAAUUGAGGCCCUGGGUGCCUGUCGGAGUCGCAGCAGGAGCGACAGCAGGAGACCGUGGAGGCAAGCGAUGCUCACUACGCUUCUGCGUGGUCUUGGGAUCCCUGGCCCUUCUGUUCCUCACCUCACUUUUCUUCUCCUUCUCGCUGAGAGGAGGAGCCGGCCUGCCUUACUUGGAACCCCCGGGAUGGGAAGAGUCGCACAGGGUUAAGCUGGUGCCUAGUUAUGCAGGUUCCCACCGGGUGAUCCCAGCCGAGAGUGCUCAGCAGAAGACGUGUGCCUGCUCUCGGUGCGUGGGCGACCCUGGUGUUUCCGACUGGUUCGACGAGAACUAUGACCCAGACAUUUCGCCUGUGUGGAUUCGAGACAACAUCCAGCUGCCUUCAGAUGUGUACUACUGGUGGGUGAUGUUGCAGCCUCAAUUUAAACCCCACAACAUCCAGCAAGUUCUGCAGAGGUUGUUUCAGGUCAUUCCAGGCCGUUCACCAUACGGUUCGUGGGACCCUGCUCGCUGCCUGCGCUGCGCCGUUGUGGGCAAUUCAGGCAACCUCCGCGGGGCAGGUUAUGGUCCGGUGAUUGAUGGCCAUGACUUCAUCAUGAGGAUGAAUCUGGCCCCCACUGUAGGGUAUGAAGAGGACGCCGGCAGCCGUACCACACACCACUUCAUGUACCCAGAGAGUGCCAAAAAUCUGGCGGCCAAUGUGAGCUUUGUUCUGGUGCCCUUCAAGACUCUUGACUUGCUGUGGAUCACCAGUGCCCUCUCCACCGGACAGAUCCGCUUUACUUAUGCUCCGGUGAAGCAGUUUCUGCGUGUGGAUAAAGACAAGGUUCAGAUCUUCAACCCGGCUUUCUUCAAAUAUAUUCAUGACCGCUGGACACGUCAUCAUGGACGUUACCCAUCCACUGGCAUGCUCGUGCUGUUCUUUGCUCUACACGUAUGUGAUGAGGUGAAUGUCUUUGGUUUCGGGGCGGACAAUCGGGGAAACUGGCACCACUACUGGGAGCAGAACCGCUAUUCUGGAGAGUUUCGCAAAACAGGCGUCCAUGAUGCCGAUUAUGAGGCCCAGAUCAUUGACAAGCUGGCCAAGGCUGGCAAGAUCUCAGUCUUUCCUGGAAAGUGAAUCUGGGCACCAGGUGCAUAUAAAUGGACCAACUGAUGGACUACCAUUAACAAAACCACCCAUUAUCCACUUGACACACUUAGUGUGCCUGUUAAACGUGAUCAAGAAGUAAUGUUUCAUGAUCUUAUUACCAUUCGAUGCUGUCCCGAGCGGACGGGAUCCUGGGCAUCAUCUUCCCAUGAUGUGGUGGUUUUGAGACGAGAUGCCAGUAAAUGUGCUUUUCCUUGCAGGCCUACCUCAACUAGGACAAGGAACUUAACUUGGCAAGGAACGCUAAUAUUUCAUCACUAAACAGCAUGUUAGGUUUUUGUGCUGGGAAUGGAAUUAACUCAUAUUUAUGACAUUUGCUGACUAGUAAUGAUGCAGGAACUCUUUCCCAUUGGUCUAAUGGCCAGCUAGAUGAGUGAGACCAACGGUCACUAUAGUUCAUCAUAGUAGUUCUGUGAUUUAUUAAAGCGAGAGUUCACCCCAUUUACUCACCAAUAUGUCUUUACAAACCUGUAUGAUUGACUUAAAUCUACAAAAUAUCUUGGUGUUUUGCAGAUUAAAGCAGUUUUUGUCAGUGAAAGCCAAUGGGGGUCAAAAACUUGAGAGUCGCUUGAAGUAUCAAAAAGAUGAAUAAAUGACAUGAUGAUAGUUUUAAGGUGAACUGUCCCUUUAACUAAAAGCUUAAUCAUAGUGGUAGGUUUUUUCACCACCAAUAUAGUGUUGAAAUUAGACUGGACGUAUAUGGCUGAGGGGAAGUUGUGGUCCUGCUGUUAAAUGGAGCUUUAUUUUGUCCUAAAGGACAGUUUUGGUUGUUUGUGUUUCCGAUUAUCAUGCUAACAGUUUGCUCUUACUGUGUGCCACAGCAACAGCUUUGUCUUUCCACUUCGUUUUUUGCUAAUCACAUUUGGGCACUGAUGGUUCCUCUGGUCUGAGGAGGAGGGAUAGAUUGAUACUCAACACCAGAAACCGAAAACCACUGACAGUCCAAUGUGAACACACAUGAGCAAUAUAUUCAGUAUAUUUGGAGUACAUUUAGAAAGUGACGCUAAUAAAACUGUGGUGAUUGUUUUAGAAAUGCACUGUGAACAGUGGUAGAGCUUCAUUCCUGAUCUACAGCACACUACUCUCUUUAAUCUAAUAGUGUUAGGUGAUGAUAAAAAAUGGCGAUAGGCGUUCGAUUGUAAAGUCUGAUGUCAUUUUGCGAUACAGACUAGCUGACAGAUUGGUGGACAUCAUUGAUUGAUAGUUUUUUGAAAGCAUGUAGACACUACUUUGCUGCUGUUCAGUCAUUUCACAUCAGGUUAUGGUAUAAUUUGUAUAGUUUUUCUUGUAUAAUUUAUUACAUUAUAUUGUUUAAAAGGAAAGCAGAAAGAUUAAGAAUGCCUGCAAGACUGCCUAGGGCUUUCUGUGCAGCCCCUAAUUGGGACUUGCUAGGAAAAAAAUAUGAGGUGAGCAGGAAAUGCUGUGUCUUCUAAACUUUUAGUUGUGCUGAGAAAUUCGGAAGUGGCUUGCAAAAUGGUAGCGUUCCCCUGAGAAACUCUGUUUGCUUUGAAAGUGAACACACAUUUUGAGAAGUGACGAGUUAUUCUGAUGAAAGGAAACAUUUUGCGAGCUAUUGCUAAUUGUAAUUCCUUGCAAAAUAUCUACAUAUUGAGUGAAAGUUCUUUGCAACAGGUUUUGUUUUUAAGCAUUUAAUGAAAAGCAAAGAUUUUCUGCGGUAGCCUACUUAUUUGCAAUGACCACUUUGUGAGCAAAUGCUAAGUUUCUUAAGAGGAUUUUUAAAGUUUUGCAAGGAACUAAAAAGUUUUGGGGGGUAAAAGGCAUUUCAAUGACUUUGUGUUUCCCUAGAGAAACUUUCCGCUGGUUCGUUCCCCAAGAAACAGUUUUAGUUUUCUUCCCAUCUCAAUUGUUUUCCCCCAUCACUUCCCUUUUAGGCGUUCUGUAGCUUUCUGCUUGGCCUAGUCUGAGUUUUGACUUUCAGGUUCAGUAGUUGUAGUUUUUUUCAAAAUGUAAACAUAUCAGCUACUUCAGUGUGUAAAUGCGCACACAUGUUACAUGCUUGCGUGCCUUGUCCUCGCUUCUGGACACGUCCCCUCUCCAGAGCACAGCUAACCUCAUUAUAAGACGCAUAAACACAUGCUAUUGUUCCUUUAGCCUUCUUACAGACCAUUUAUUGACACACAUUCACGCGCACAAAUCUGGGCUCUAAAAUAGGGCACGGAUCGUCUACCCACCAGCUGUCCUCCACCCACACAUGAUUCACGGCUUCUCCUGUGCGCCACCAUCCUUGUGUCUGUUCUACUUUAAGCUAAGCUGAAGCGCCGUGCCUUCGGGAUCAGGGUGGGAAAAGCUCUCUCACCUGAAAACCUUCUCCAAUCUUGAUUUUUAAGAGCUACCUACUUGUAUUCAAUGGAAAAAAGUCUCUUGAACCCUUUGAAAAUCUAGACCUGUGGCACACUAAGUGCUUUUAUACAUUGUCAAUAAAGCGUAAUUGUCUUUUGACUAACAUAUCUCGGAAUAAAAUUCAACACCGAAUGCUGCAGUGGCUUUAUUAUAUUUAAGCCUAUUCUGAGGGAUUAUUAUUGGGCAUUUCACAGUGAAAUUCUAAUAUCAUGGAUAUGUAGGAUGGCUGCCCUCUCAUCACCAAAGAGUUUUAUCCCAUGACUAAACCUGUUUUUUUUUUUUUGGUUGCUGCUGUUGUUCCGAGUUUUAUGUCUUUGGAUUAAAGAAAAUAAGUUGGCUCGUGAAGUUCUCGUAUUAAUCUUUAAAGCAUUUAUUAAUCCUGGAUGGUAUUAGUUGGCAAGGAGAAAUGUUUCUCGUCUUGUUUUUGUGCCACGGGAGGAUUGUAGCCUGCUGCGAAGCAAUUUAUGAAAGACUACAUUAUGUCCACCACUAUUUGAUAUGUUCUUUGGCCAAAUUGCGUGAAGAGAUCAAUUCCAAAUGGUCCCGAUUUUCUUUAUGCUCCUGCCAAUGUACAUAGCACUAAAUUAUCAGUCUUUGUGCAUCCUUAUUGUCACAUUGAGAGAGCUUUUUCUUGUACUUCGUAUCAUCUUCGCUGAAUUGUGUGCAGGAUGCAGAGGCUGUGAAAUAUUGAAUGAGAUGAAGAUUACCAAGCCUGUGAAAUUUAACUGCUUUUUCAUUUUCUUUGCUGCUUUUUUUCCCACAAUCAUGCACAUGAUUGUAUCUUCGAGAUAGAAACGUUGAGCGAUUGAUGCAUCUCUUUGUUUUAUUAACAUUUUUCCAAGCCUUUGUUUUCCAUUUAAAAAUAAAACGGCAGCAUAAAACCCUGAUAUGAAGUAUAAAAAUGAGGCUCCAGUUUUUCCGGACAGACUCCACUAUCAACUUGAAUGAUGUUGAAUCCUGUUCUCCAUGUGAAGGAAUCCUUCAGCACAGACUGUACAUAUCCUCACUGUGUUUGCUCUCAUUAACCUCUCAUUAGUGUUGAUAUCGUGAUUAUUGGUCAGUGCUCCUUCUUUACUUUCACAACCUCAGUAUUUGUGUAAUUAUGGACUGUUUUUAUCUUUAAUGCUACUGUAAGGAAUA